GAUGCAAUAAAGCAAUUCGAUAGAUACAUCGAAUAUCAUCAAAAUUACAAUGCAAUAAAGAUAUUUUGUGAUUAAUAUUGAACUCGUCUUUGUAUAAAUAGUAAAGGAUUCUCAGAAAUCAAUAAUACCGUAUUACGGUUUGAAUUUCCCCCGCCCGCUACCAUGAAAUUCCUCGCAGUCCUCGCUCUCGUGUCGGUGGCGUUCGCCGCCCCGCUCACCACGGAGAUGAGCCUCGACCAGAUCGUGGCCGCCAUCGACAACCCCAGCACUGACCCGGCCCUGAUCCCCGCGCUCACUGACGCCCUGAACGAAGUCAUGGACGCCCUGUGGGCCGGCAACCAGGCGGCUACCGCUGCCGUGGCUUUCCCCGUGUCCGAGGUCGCUGCCGCUGCCGCCCCCGUUCCCGCCCCCGCCGUGGUCGCCCCCAUCAUCGAGGCCGCCCCCGUCGAUGCCGCCCCCGAGGCCUCCAACAACUCGCCUCUGGUCCAGAUCAUCAUCAACGUCAAGAACAACGAGGCUGUGGCUUUCCCCGAUGAGCUUGUUGCCGCUUCCCCCGUGACCGUGGCCGAAUCCAGCGUGCCCGCCACCCCCAUCAACCCCGCCAACCCCGUGACCGUUGUUGAAGCUGUCCCCACUCCCAUCACUGUUGUUGAGGCCGCUCCCUCUCCCGUCAUUGUUGUUGACGCCGCCGCUUCUGCUGCUCCCUCUCCCAUCACCGUUGUUGAGGCCGCUCCCUCUCCCGUUGUUGUUGUUGAGGCCGCCCCCUCUCCCAUCACCGUUGUUGAGGCCGCCCCCUCUCCCAUCACUGUUGUAGAGGCCGCCCCCUCUCCCAUCACUGUUGUUGAGGCAGCCCCCUCUCCCAUCACUGUUGUUGAGGCCGCCCCCUCUCCCAUCACUGUUGUUGAGGCAGCCCCCUCUCCCAUCACUGUUGUUGAGGCCGCCCCCUCUCCCAUCACUGUUGUUGAGGCCGCCCCCUCUCCCAUCACCGUUGUUGAGGCCGCCCCCUCUCCCAUCACUGUUGUUGAGGCCGCCCCCUCUCCCAUCACUGUUGUUGAGGCCGCCCCCUCUCCCAUCACCGUUGUUGAGGCCGCCCCUUCUCCCAUCACCGUUGUCGAGGCCGCCCCCUCUCCCAUCACUGUUGUUGAGGCCGCCCCCUCUCCCAUCACUGUUGUCGAGGCCGCCCCCUCUCCCAUCACUGUUGUAGAGGCUGCCCCCUCUCCCAUCACCGUUGUUGAGGCCGCCCCCUCUCCCAUCACUGUUGUUGAGGCCGCCCCCUCUCCCAUCUCCGUGGUCGAGGCCGCCCCCACCCGCCCCGUCAUCGUGGAGACCCCUGCCGUGGCCGCGCUCCCCACUCGCCCCACCAUCAUCAACUCGAUCUUCGGCUCGCUGUUCAACCAGGCUCGCCCCAUCCGUGUUUAAAGCAACUAAAUAUUGUUAAACAGUAGUACAUGCUACCACCUUUGUACCUAGAGUAUACGAAAUGAAAUAAAUCGUAAUAUGGUAUUGUGA